UGUUUCUUUCAUUUGGACAGGAAAAUAAGAGCAUAAUGCAACAUGGCCUAUAGAAAGAAAAGUUGGAAAAAAGAUUAAUACUCUCUGAAAGCUUCACAAACUUCUCUCCUCUGCCAGAUCUUCUGCUGACAUUUCUCUCUCCUUUGUGGGACUGUUGCUAUUCUCAUUGAGAAGGUUGAAAAGAUGAGAACUGACCGAGCUUCUGAAAUAAGAAGACUUGUAAGCCAGAAGAAUAUUCAUCUUUCUGAAAACAUCAGUGAGUUCCCAGUAAACACCACAGACUGUAAACAGAUUAUCAUGCCAGAAGAAGUCUUCUUCACCAUUGCUUUUCUUGGAAUAUUAGAAAACCUGCUUGUUCUGAUAGCAGUGUGGAAGAAGAAGAAUCUCCAUUCACCCAUGUACGUUUUCAUUUGCAGUUUAGCUGUCUCAGACAUGCUAGGAAGUUUGUACAAGACUCUGGAGAACAUCUUCAUCAUCCUCUGCAGAAAGAGGUGUCAAGAGGACUUUGAGAAGACAGUGGAUGACAUUAUCGAUUUCAUGUUCAUUUUGUCAUUAUUAGGAUCCAUUUUCAGUCUGUCAGCCAUUGCAGCUGACCGAUAUAUAACCAUCUUUUAUGCAUUGCAAUACCACAACAUCAUGACACUGCAGUGUGCUUUAAUUAUCCUGGUGGUGAUUUGGGUAUUCUGUGCUGGGAGUGGCAUAGCAAUGGUCAUUUUCUCCCAUGAAACAGCCACAGUUCUUUCUUUCAGCAUUCUGUUUUGCUGUAUGCUUGUGUUUAUCCUCUGCCUUUACAUCCAUAUGUUCCUACUGGCACACUCUCAUGCCAGAAAGAUUGCGUUGCUUCCGACAAGUACCAUUCACCAGAGAGCUAAUAUGAAAGGAGCUAUCACUUUAACCAUAUUACUUGGAGUUUUCCUCUGCUGCUGGGCUCCCUUUGUCCUUCACAUGCUCCUCGUGACAUUCUGUCCACACAACCCUUACUGUAUUUGCUACCAGUCUAUUUUCCAUGUGAAUGGCAUAUUGAUUAUGUGUAAUGCUGUUAUUGACCCAAUGAUUUAUGCAUUUCGAAGUCCAGAACUGAGAAGCUCAUUUAAGCGACUGUUCUGCUGCCGAAAGCCAAGCUGGACAUAGCCACUACAACUUUUAAAAAAGAGAACAAAACUAUAGUGAAUUGCACUGCCAGAGAAUGAAGUAGAUUGUAAUAUUU